AAUUCAUGUCGGUUUUAUCAUGUUUAUUCUAUAUCCAAACAUAUAUUGACCAGGCCAUAGAUAAGCGGUACUGUUAAGUAGAACAUCCAAAGCAUAAUGGGAUACGAUAUCAAUAUGUUUAAUAAAGGUCAACAUUACAGGAUUUUCAGAUAACGGGUUGGUUAUGGUCGUUUAAAUCUGAGGUUUUAAAAUGGAGACUAAAGCUGUGAAUUUUACGAAAAUAUUUUGGAAUUAUGUAAAAUUACUAACAAUUGGAAUAUUGUUGUUCACUUUUGUAGCUGCAUCCGAAGAGUAUGACAUGGAGCGCUACUGCAAUCAAGAAUUUAGCUUCAUCACGAAGAGCAAAGACCAGAUUAAGCUUGAACUAGCUGACAACUUGAUCUAUGAUAGCAUUGGUGACUAUACAUCUAACAGAAAAAGAUACUGUCAGACUACUUUUGAGGCUUGGUACACACGUUACCCAAAAUUCAUGUUUUACUUUGAAGAUCUAGACCUUGAUUGUGAUAAAGGCCAUCUCGAAUUCUACAUCGGUCAGAACACUGGAAUUAGAGUAUCGGGCUUAGAGAGAGACGUUUGUGGAAAAGAUAAACCACGUGGUGUAUUUACAGUAGAAGAAAGGUAUUUCCGAAUAAAAUACGUCCCAAAAAGAAGCCAAUACAUCAGUGAUAUCUUUUCCAUUAUCAUCACAACUUAUGAGGACAGUUCGUGUCCAAGCUAUGCCUACAAAUGUGCCAACUCACGAUGCAUAAACCAAGAUCUCGCGUGCAAUGGGUAUGACUCAUGCGGGGAUGGUUCCGGUUGUUUCCUUAGCACGGCAGCUAUAAUCGGUAUAGUAAUAGGUGGUCUUGCUGGGUUAGCGUUGAUUAUCAGUGUGGUAAUAUGCUGUAUUUGCGCCACAAGACGUAGAAGAGCCGCCACACAAGGAACGGUCCAGACUACUGGGAUGCCAGCAGUAGCAUACUCAACUCAUAACCAGCAAGUAUACAGCCAGCCAAUGUACGGGAUUAACCAAGGAUCACCUUACAACCCUAGCCAAUCUCCAUAUCCUGUUGCAACAGCAACAAACAUUGCGACCACUGCUUCAAGCCAACAAGGUUACAGCCAGCCAAUGUAUGGGGUUAACCAAGGGACAAACUAUCCUACCAACCAGGGAUAUUAUCCUGCCGUAUCAUCAUAUUCAGAAACAAAGUAGCGACAAACUAACGGGAGGAAAUAUUAGGCUCCUCCACUCUAAUACAAUGCAAUUCUCGCAACAUCUGAAAAAUGCACCAGGUAGCCAUAUACAAUCUAAUGACCAAUAGAUGUACAACUAUUAACAAAUAGACUAUAUGAUAUACAUGUUUGUUUAUGCAAACAUCUAACAAAAGAAUUGAUGUAUAUCAUGUCUUAGGAAAGGUCACAUAAACAGUAGUGUAAUGAUUUCUAUCAGAGUUUUAAGUUAAAACAUUAGUCAAUAAAUUAUGAAAUUAAACACAAAAUUAUAUUAAAAUUAAGUACAUA